AACACUGCCAGAUUAGUCUUAUUAUUAUACACGAAACUGCCACAGAGAACAAGACUGAGCUCCAGCCAAUCAUAUUAUGUAACUGUUGUUGGAAUUAGAACAUUUGUAAGGGUCCUUUGUGCAUAAUGCAGAUAAAAAAGGUGUGUGUGUGCUGGGGGGAGCGACACACGAAAUUAACACAGCAAACAACAUGGUAUCGAGCUAGGGUUUGUUGCUUCCUCCUGCUGGCGCCGCCGCCGGCCGUCACCUGAAGCUCCGCCGCGCCGUCAUCCUCUUCCUGCCUGCUGUCCCGCCGCCGCCGGCCGUCAUCCUCCUCCUACCUGCUGUCCCGCCGCCGCCAGCUGUCACCUGCAGCUCCGCCGCGCUGUCACCCGCAUUCCGUGCCCGCGCGCGCUCUGCGUCUGCCGCGCGCUGCCUCCUGUCCGCGGCCGCGCUGGGCGGUGCUGCCAUGCUGCUGCUCACGCGGAGGCUCUUUGCCACCACGGAUUCAGAAGCAGCGGCAGGAACCGCGUAGUGGCCACCGCGGAAGCCAUCGCCGUGGCCUGAGCUCGGUCGGGGUGCGACGGGUCGAGCUCGGGAGUGUACGACCGCGGGGAGAGGUGGAGGGUAGCUUACUUCAGCCACACCGGCUGCGGUACAGCACAGCGGAGGGCGAGGACGUCAGGCAGGUCCUCCCUGGUUCAGCCCUGCAGUGUUUGUUCAUCCGGCGGUGGAAGAAGAAGUGCUGCUGCCGGGGGAGUGGGCUGCUGCUACGAUUAGUGGAGGUGGUGCUGCUACAGAGGUUGGAGGUUCUACUGAUUGAGAGAAGGGAAGGAAGCCUGGUUCGUCUUAGUGUUUGCAGGCAUUGAUGAUGAUGAGUUCAGAGGAGACUGAAGCAAAAAGGUUGGAAGAAGAGGCUGAAAAAAGGGCAAUGAUUCAUGGUGACAAGAAAGAAGAGGAUCCACUAAUCACAAAAAGUGAGAUGAGAAAUGAGAUGAGGAGUAUGAUUCAGGAACUCAUGGGACUAGGUAUGAUUGGUCCCAAGACUUUGCCUAUCUCAUCUGAAUUGAAAUUGGAACUCGUUCCAAAUGAUGUGAAGCUAGAAGGGAGCAAGAAUUACUUGAGUUGGUCUAGGAGAGUCCGAGUGCUCUUAGGAGGUAAAGGAGUGGAGCACUAUCUGGAAGAGGGUUGUGUUGAACCUGUUGAUAGGCUCAGCCCUGAAUGGAGAGUUUGGUAUACCACCAACUCAGUUAUUGUGGCAUGGUUGUUAGCAUCCAUGUCUUCGUCUGUAAGUAAGAUGGUUGAAGCCAUGCGCACUGCUACACAAAUUUGGAAGACCUUGAGCAAUAUGUAUUCAAGAAAAGGGAAUGUGAUGAUGAUGAUGGAGAUCCAAAGUAAGGCAGAUGCGGUGAAACAGACUGGGAGACCAGUGGAACAAUAUGCUAGUGAACUUCAGUACUUGUGGGGAGAACUAGAUCACUACGCUCCUCUGCAAAUGAUUUGUCCUCAGGAUGCACAGGUUGUCCACAAGUGGGUAGAGGACAGGAGAGUGACUCACUUUCUAAAGAAUCUGGAUUCGGAGUUUGAGAGCAGGAGAGCUGCCUUUUGUCACCAAGAGAGUCUUCCUACCAUGGAUGAGGCGGUGUCAGCAAUGAUUAAUGAGGAAAGCAGGCUCCGGGUAAUGACAGCUAGUGAUCCUGUGAAAUCAGCCUACACUGCAACUGAUGAUAGAGACUGUUAUAAUUGUGGUGAGAAGGGACACUUGAGCUAUAAUUGUCCUCAUCCUCGUGGCAGUGGUGAACGAGGUGGUGGAACUCGUGGAGCCACUCGUAGUACCUAUGGAAGAGGUCGUGGAGGCUAUGGAAGGGGGCGUGGUGGCCGUGCCAGGGGUAGAGGUCGUGGUGGCCCUCGUGUUAAUGUUGCGGUCACUGAAGACACUCCCUCAAUCACCCUGACUGGGGAACAAGCUAAACGGUGGGAAGAAUGGCAUAAGGAAAAAGAAUCUGAGUGUCCAACCAGCACUCCUCUUGGUUCUGUGGCAACUACAUCCACCCAACACUUCGGUAACUUUGCCAACUACGCCCAUUCGGGCGCAGGAGAAGAGAACUGGGAAGAGGAUUGGGACUGGAGUCAGGCGUAAUGGGCUAUGGUUCAUCAGUCAAGAGGAGCAAGCUUUGUCAGCAACAACAGAAGGAAAUAAAAGGGAAAUCAUGUUGCUACAUCGUCGAUUAGGACAUGUACCUUUUGAGAGCUUGAGUAAAUUGUACCCUGAAUCCUUUAAGGGAAUGGAGAAAGGAACUCUUGUGUGUGAUGCAUGUGAGCUUGCCAAGCACACCAGAUCUACUUACCCUAGUAUUGGACUUCGUAGCAGUGAUCCGUUUAUGUUAAUACAUUCUGAUGUUUGGGGUCCUUGCUCGAUUACAUCUGUGAGUGGUUUUAAAUGGUUUGUCACAUUUAUUGAUUGCUAUUCUCGCAUGACAUGGAUAUAUAUGUUGAAGCACAAGAAUGAGGUACUUCGAUGUUUCAAGAAUUUCUACAACCUGGUCACUAAUCAGUUUAAUGCCAAGAUUCAAAUCCUUCGCACUGAUAAUGGAACUGAGUAUGUGAACAAUGAGUUUAUCUCAUUCAUUUCAGAUCAAGGUAUUAUUCAUCAA